GCUCUCUCGCAAAGACUGUCGAGCUGCACUCUGGCUAGUGCGCGCGCUCCUCUCUGCUCCGGCGAUUCUCGGCAAUCUGCAUCCCUCGAAGCCACUCGCAGCGCAGCAUGCCGGGCAUCAAGUCGCUGAGGCACCUCGUGUCGGGCGCAAAGGCGCGCACCGUCGAUGCCGAGACGGGCACGGAUCUCGACCUGGUGUACCUGACGCCGCGGCUCAUCAUCAUGGCGUGGCCCGGCUCGGGCGUGGAGGUGCUGUACCGCAACAACCGCCGCCACGUGCGCCGCUUCCUCGACACCAAGCACGGCGAGCACUACCGCAUCUUUAACCUGGUGCCGCGCACCGAGAACACAUACGAGGCGGACGAGUUUGACGGCCGCGUCUCGCGCUAUCCCUUUCCCGACCACCACCCGCCGCCUCUGAGCAUGAUCCCGCUCUUUGUGGCCGACAUGACCGCCUGGCUGGGCGAGGAUGAGCGCAACGUGGGCGUCGUGCACUGCAAGGCGGGCAAGGGCCGCUCGGGCACUAUGAGCGUGGCCUACCUUCUUUCGCUGCCCAUUCUGCCGAACAUCUCUACCGGCGCCGCCGACGCGAGUGAUGGCAUGAACGUGACGAGCGGCCGCGCAGUCGGCGCACCAUCCGAGCCCUUCUCGGCCAAGUCCACGAGCUCAAGCACAUUUGGCGCAGGCGCAUCCAGACGCCGGCCUAGUGUCUCACGGAACGCAUCGACGGAGCACGAUGCGCUGGAUCAGCGCACGGUGGGCUCACCCAUGGAGGCAGGCACUCCCACGAAGGAGGAGGCGGUGGCGGAGCGCCUCCGAGCUGUCUUCGAGAUGCACACGGCCCGGCGGCUGAAGCCCAAAUCGCCUUCGCAAGCUCAGCGCGCCGGCGCAGCUGCAGGCCACAUGGCGGACUCGCGUGCCAAGUCGGGCUCCCCGAUGCGCUCCAAGAGCGGCCCCAACUCGCCCGCACGAUCUCCGCCUCGGUCGCGAGCAGGAAGCUUGCUCCGGCGCCCGAGCUUCACCCUGAGCCGCAAGAACGGGCUCACGCCGCUCUCGCCUGCUUCGCCACGCGAGAGGAAGCUCAGCCACGACAGCUUGCCCUCGGCCGGCUCGUCCUCCCCAUCGCACGCGCGCAAAGACCUGCGCGCCCUGGGUGUCAGCCCGGCUGGCAAGUCGUCCGACUGCCUUGGACUUGCGGGCGACUCAGGUAGUGCCGACGUCUCGCGCGACCGAAGCGCAGACGGCCACACGCGCUCUGGCAGCAGCGACGACGAGAAGCACGUGAACGGCCAGGCGAACCGCGAGGCUCUGUCGCCCCUGCACAUUCCGCCGCGCACGUCGUCAGUCUACUGCAGAGACGAGGAGCGGCCUCCGUCGUCGGGCGACGAGGACUUUGUUGAGCCGACUGCGCCCCACCUGGCCAUCUCGAUCCCGAGUCAGCGUCGCUGGCUCGGCUACUGGGGCCGCCUGCUCGCCGGCAACGACCCUCGCAUGUCGCUCUACGCCUUCCAGCCGCGGCCGCUGAAACGCUUCGUCCGCAUCACUCGCGUCUGGGUCGAGCGCGCAGGCACCGCCGACAGCUCGCGCGACGCCAUGAGCGCCGAGAAUCUGAGCGUUCAGCUCAUGCGGUACGACGACCGCCUCGCCGACCGCCUUUCAGCGUGGGAACGCGGAGCGAGAAGGCGCAGAGCUGCGUUCCGCCUGUGCGACCCCGGUGCCAUCGCCCCGGCCCUGCCUGGCGCCGACGAAGAGACGCUCGAGGCCGCCGGCCUGCUCAACUCUACACGCGCGCGCGAAAAGGCGCACCGCCGCGAAGAGCAGCGCUGGAAAGAGGCUGCUGAGCAGCAGGCGCGCCGCGAGCGCCUUGCCCAGCACGGCAACGAGACGGGCGUGGGCGAGUGGGGCAUUGACGUCCGCGCCGAGGCGGUGCGCGCCCGCGAGUUCUGGUGGGACGAUGACAACGAGAAGGACGUCGCUCUUGCGGCCAAGGAGUCGCACGGCAAGAUCAAGAAGCAGGUCACCUCGCAGCUCAACUACUGCGCGCUGCUCCGCGAAGCAGGCCGCGAGCGCAUCGGCGAUGCGGGCGCAGGACCGGCACUGGUCAGCUACGAGUUCGACUGCUCCAACCCGACGUUUCCCCCAUCUCCGCGAUUCGUCGCCAACUCGCCGUACAACGCAAGCAGGAGCACGGUCAACCUGCAAGCAGCAGCCUCGAGCUUGAGCCUGCACCCGGCGCUCGGCGCGCGCACCAAGUCGCACGGCGGACUGCGAGGCGCCUCUGAGGAUCUGCACGCCGCCGGGCCCAGACGUUCGCAAUCGGACGACGCCGGACGAGCCGCAGCCGGCGGCUUCACGCCGCAGCGCCAGCGCUCGCAGACGACGAGUUCGCACGCAUCGCCGUACGCGAACACGCCGUACUCCUCGCGCUCGCCGGCCGACUCGAUGCGCCGCCUGCACUCCAUGACCGCCUCCGACGACGAGCACGGCAUCAUCGUCGACGCAGAUCGUGAGAUUGGCGUAAAGGUGCUGCUUGGCAGGACGGGCGCGACGCAUGCGAAGCUGCCGGACGUCGCCGCAGCGUGCUGGGCGUGGCUCAUCCCGAGCUUCGAGGACCCCUACGGUCACCGCCCGAACCAGCGCCGCGGGCCGACAGAGGUGCGGCUCAGCGCCGCCGAGCUCGACUUCCGCAAGUCGGGCGUCCUGGCGCCGGGAGGCGACAUCCGGGCGAUCGGACUGCAGUGGGAGUGGGUCGAGACGGGCCGCGACAGCGACGACGAGGACACCGCCGACGAGCCGAGCAGCGCCAACACGGACAGCAGCCUGGCAGAGCCGGCCGACACGUCCUUCGGCAGCACGCUCACCGUGCCGCCGCGGCACAUCUGAUAGAGCUGAUGAAUGAUAGAUUUGCGACUCGCCGCGGCGCGACACAUCAGAGGACGGCAACGACGCGCACGGCCUCCUCGCGCAGGUCCACAGUCUGGUUAACCAUGCGGUUCAGCGAGCCGCGGGCGGAGACCGGCUCAAACAUCAGCGCUUCCUCGCCAGACGCGAGGAGCAGCUUGCGUGUCUGCACGAUGGAGGUCUC